GUCCAAUAGCCUGUGAGCUUGUAAGAUUACGACAGAAAGCAACAAGAAGUUUCCAAAAUGGGGCUUGAAAGUACUAUGGUCUGUGUGGACAACAGUGAAUACAUGAGAAAUGGAGACUUCCUACCAACUAGGCUACAGGCGCAACAAGAUGCCGUCAACAUCGUUUGCCACUCAAAAACACGCAGCAAUCCAGAAAAUAACGUGGGCCUCAUCACUAUGGCAAAUAACUGUGAGGUCCUGACCACGCUGACACCAGACACCGGCCGCAUCCUGUCCAAACUCCACGCUGUCCAGCCCAAAGGAAAGAUCUGCUUCUGCACCGGCAUCAGAGUGGCUCAUCUUGCCCUAAAGCACAGACAAGGAAAAAACCACAAGAUGAGGAUCAUUGCCUUUGUUGGGAGUCCUGUGGAGGAUAAUGAAAAAGAUCUUGUCAAGUUGGCGAAGCGCUUGAAAAAAGAGAAAGUGAACGUGGAUAUCAUCAACUUUGGAGAAGAGGAGGUGAACACAGAAAAGCUGACUGCUUUUAUAAACACUCUGAAUGGGAAGGAGGGGACAGGCUCCCACCUGGUCACAGUCCCUCCAGGACCGAGUCUGGCUGAUGCCCUGCUGUCCUCACCCAUCCUGGCUGGAGAAGGCGGCUCUAUGAUGGGUCUCGGUGCCAGUGACUUUGAAUUCGGUGUGGAUCCAAGUGCAGAUCCAGAGCUGGCCCUGGCCCUUCGUGUAUCUAUGGAGGAGCAGCGACAGAGGCAGGAGGAAGAAGCCCGCAGAGCCGCCGCCGCCUCUGCAGCCGAGGCCGGCGUGCCCACACCCAGCGCAGACGAAUCGGAGGAGGCUUUGUUGAAGAUGUCGGUAUCUCAGCCUGAGAGCGGUGCAGCAGUGCUUCCUGACUUCAGCAGCAUGACAGAGGAGGAGCAGAUAGCCUACGCCAUGCAGAUGUCUCUGGCUGGAGGAGAGUAUGGUGAAAUGGACACAGGAGCCCCCAUGGACACUGCAGAAUCAGCCAAGGAGGAAGACGACUACGACGUGAUGCAGGACCCAGAGUUCCUCCAGAGCGUCUUGGAGAACCUGCCUGGCGUCGACCCAAACAACGAGGCCAUCCGCAACGCCAUGGGCUCCCUGGCCUCCCAGACGGGCAACAAGCCAGACGGCAAAAAGGAUGAAGAGAAAAAGAAAUGAGGAACGAAUGGAGACUUCGGACGUCGACUAGAGAAUAACGAACAGUUACAGACUAAUGCAGGAUUUCUUUUAUAUAUAUAUAUACAUAUAUACGAAAAGAUUGCUGAUGCGUCGCCCUGCAUGAUGGCACUCUGACAUUUAAUACCACCCUUCUCUGUUAAGACACUCAAAAGCACCAAAGUAGAAGGAAAUAUUUUAAAAAGCUGCAGCAUCAAUUGACGAUUUAGAGUGUAAUUUGCCCCCAAAACAUGAUGCGUGAAAAAAUGCCUUGUGCGCUCUUUAUUCGACAUUUCUGUACAUGGUAUAAUUAGUAAUAAUUCACCCAACAGAGUUUGUGAUGGCAGGCUUUUAAACUAAACACUUAACCACACUCCUGUCAUGUCUUUGUGUUAUUGUUUUUGCAAUAAAACCUCUGUGUAAAUA